AUUACGAAUGUAAGAUCUCGUGAAAGUUGUUUUGGUGAAGCAUGAAAGACAUGCUUAGUAUUGAGGACCGUUCUUUGAAUUAAAAUACAGUGAAAAAUUCGUAGCCAGAUUCUUUCUUCCACAUGAUUGUUGCAACACUUGGCCACCUCGUUGCAUUUGGACAUUCAUAAAUUUCUGCGACUGAAGGAGCUUGGAACGCAGAAGUCCAUCGCUUGAGACAAUCAGUCAGCCCGCACGGUGUUGGUGCCGCUUGUGUGUGUGAGCAGCUGAUUUCGAACCUGACUUGUACGCCGUGCUGCUGGUGCUUAGCUCAUUACUGUAUGUGGUGACAGGUCUGUCAACUCGGAAGCUUCACGUUGUGGAGCUGAUUAGCGAUGGAGCUGAGAGGUUUGCCUCAUGUUGUAGUGGUGCCUAACGGUGCAGCUGGGCAUGCCAUUCCGUUCCUGGAAUUCAUCAAGCGGAUGGCAGCAACGGGGAUUGUGACGACUGUUGUGGCCUCAGACAAGCACAUCCUGGAGCUCGAGAUCUUACUUGGGUCGCGGGAUUUGACUUGUCAAGGAGUUCCGCUGAGACUUCUGGGAUUGCAAGAUCACAUGACACACCUUUCGCACGCGAACUGGACGGCAACGAUUUCAAACUUGAGUUUGAAAAAGCUGCAAAUAAUCCGGCUCCUGGAGGAGGCAGUCAGGGAUGUCGGAUCGCCGCAGUCGUUGCAGCUACGGGGUGUGCAGCCCGCGAACCCCCCUCAAUGUAUCGUGCACGACAUGUUCACCGAAUGGGCCCAAGAAGCAGCGGAAGCGCUCCACAUUGAGAAGCACUUGUUGUAUGUGUCCCCAGCGUGUUCGCUCUCAUGCGAUUUAGAGUCGAACCGCUUGUUUCAAGAAUGUCGAUUUCCAAUCACUCGAGAUACUCGCGAUGCGAUUAUUUCAGGAAUCCCCGGUGUCCCAUCCAUCCCCGCACUGGAAUACCCGAGAGUGUUUUUGGAUGCCUCCUCAUCUAAGUGGAUGCGGUCGUGUCACUUGAGCUUUCGACGAGCAGACGCGAUUUUGCUCAACACUUUUUAUGAUCUGGAGAGACCAGUGCUCGAUGCCUUGCGCCACGAAGUCAUGGGUUCUUCGGAUAUUCAGGCAAAGUGUAUUCUCGACAUCGGACCGUUGCUUCCCGAGUCUCACUUCACCGAUGCCACACCCGAGGAGAUCGUGCAAGAGAGAGAUCCGUGUAUCUCCUGGCUCAACACGCGGCCUGCAAAAUCAGUGCUCUACGUCAGCUUCGGCAGUGCUGCGAGCCAUUCAGCUUCACAACUGGUGGACCUGGCGCUGGGCUUGGAGGCCAGCGAGUGCUCAUUCCUGUGGAUUGUGCGACCUCCAGAUGCAAUUGACAGGGCCGCAACUCUCAAUGCCCUUGAGCGCGUGGCAGAGUAUCUUCCACCUGGGUUCGAAGGACGCGUUAAGGACCGAGGAAUGUGCUACUCUGGGUGGGCUCCACAAAUGCGUAUUCUCAAGCAUCCGGCAAUUGGAGGCUUUUUAAGCCAUUGCGGGUGGAAUUCGACUCUGGAGACCGUGGCCGCUGGAGUGCCUGUGCUUGCAUGGCCGAUCAAAGCUGAGCAGCAUCUCAUUCGCAGAUUUCUGGUCGACACGUUGAGAAUAGCGGUUGAGUUGAAGGGAGACAACUAUGCAGAGUUGGAGCUGGAGGGUGAUGGGUUGAGACCCCCAUUGCGCGUCUCGAAAGAGGAGAUAGCGAAUAAGAUUCGAUGUCUCAUGGUAGAGGAAGAAAGCCAACUACUUCAACUAAACAUACAAAAACUGAUGGUGAAAUUCAAAGAAGCAGGAGCACUGGGAGGCUCCUCACGACUCAACUUCGAAGCUUAUGUCAGUCUUCUGCACGCCAAUCACGAUUCAGCAGCACAGCUCAAAGAGAUGGAGCACAAAUCGGAAAUGCGAGAUAUAUUUUCGACAGGGGAACGCCCGCUAGCUAUUGCUACUCUCGGAUAAAAAGAUCGAUCAAAAUCAUUCAGUGAUUUGCUUUGCAGUAUGAGCUGGUGAUGACCCUUGUUAACAUUACAUAAGUGUGAGUGGAAACCGUGGUGUACAAGAAGAGUGGCUUUUGUAGACCGUGUUUUGCCAACCGGGUUUAUAAUCUAGACAAUUUCUUGGCAUCGGAUAAACUUUCAUUGGCCUCCAGAAAUGUAAAUGAGUGUCCGUCUAGCCAACAAUAAGGCACUCACUAAGGUCCUGUGCGAAUAGAAAUUUGCCGAGAAACAUUGAUUCUUAGGGUAGAAGCAGCAUCUCCUCAUGUUGCAUCUUCAAUGUAAGUAAUGUACAUAAAUAUAAAGCCGAUUUCCAAUCGUGUUAAUUUCUUUUGUA